CAGAAUCCAUGGCAACAACAUUGUUUUGGGCGCCAAAAAAAUCUUAUAAAAGAAAUGGAACUAAAACCCAGCAUCAAACAAAUUACUAUCAUGGAAGCAAUCAUAACCAAGAAGAAGUCAACUCACAAAAUGGUCAUCCUGUCAUUUCAUGCCUUCAACAUGUAAAGGCAUAGGAUUCCCAGACAGCAAGCAACAACCUACAUAAGUUUCAAGUUGUGCAAUGAUUACCGAAUAUGUAUUAGUAUUGUAAAAGCCUCCCUGCAUCUUCCAAGUUCAUUCACUUCAACCUCAAAAGUCACAAUAUCUUAAACUAGAGAUGGCAAGAAGGCAUAUACUCAUCCUCCUCCUCUUAGUAUGGUUUCUCUUUGCGGCUAUUCAAUUCAAUCGUACACUCAUCAAGGAUCAAGCUACUAAAUCAGUCAAUUUCAAGCUACGAUCUUUACAGUCCAGCUCAUCGUGGCCAACCAACCAUCACAUUCCAACUUGGGAUGACCUGAAAAAAAUCCAUAAAUCUCCAUCUGGGCCAAAUCCAGUAGGAAACCACCGUCCACCAACAAGACCAUGAAAGAAUGCUUGUGAUUAUGCAAGAAGAGUGAAGCUGACAAUGCAGGAGCAUCUAUUCGUAAUAUGAGAAUUAGGAUAUUGUGGAUGUACAAAUAUGCGAAAGUAUUUAUAAUCUCAAUUCCAUUAUCUUUCUUUGUUGUCGCCUUCAAUUCCCACUGGAUAGUGCAUGAAUUUACUUUCAGAAUAAUGUUUCAUAGCAAA